ACCUCCUGCUCCCGGUGCUCUGACAGCUGUGUGUCACGGAAGACAUUUUGAGCUGCGGUCGGUCGGUGUCGGUCGGUCAGUGUCGCGGUGGAGAGUCGGUCUCCAGACUGAGCCGCUCCCGGUGGAAGAGACGAGAUCUAGAGGAAUCGGUCGUUGUCGUUUUCCAGCCCGGCUAGUUAGCUUAGCAACAUCGACGCUAGCACAAUCCUAGAUGCUAGUUAGCGUCACCUAGCGGGCCUUCCUCCUCCUCCUCCUCCUCCUCCUCGACAGCUGGUCCCUUCACCAGACCCGAUGGCGUUGAAACGCAUCUCCAAGGAACUGACUGAUCUGUCCAGAGAUCCUCCGGCUCUGUGCUCGGCCGGACCCGUCAGUGAAGUGAACAUGUUCCACUGGCAGGCGACCAUCAUGGGGCCUGCCGACAGUCCCUACAAUGGCGGAGUAUUUUUCCUCACAAUUCAUUUCCCCACAGAUUAUCCCUUCAAACCUCCCAAGGUCGCCUUCACAACCAGAAUCUAUCACCCGAACAUCAACAGUAAUGGCAGCAUCUGUCUGGACAUCCUGAGGUCACAGUGGUCUCCAGCUUUAACCAUCUCCAAAGUUCUUCUGUCCAUCUGUUCUCUGCUGUGUGACCCGAACCCCGACGACCCGUUAGUGCCCGAGAUCGCUCGCAUUUACAAGACAGACCUGGUCCGGUACAACAAGACAGCUCAGGACUGGACCCGUAAAUAUGCCAUGUGACUCUGCCUCCUUCUCAGCCCCUGCUGGAAUAAACUGUUCGGUUCUCACGUGGCCACACCCCCACUCCUCAGGUGGCCACGCCCCCCCCUUCCUCAAGACAGUAACAGCAAUUUGUUCACGUUAUUUUGUCGCCGUCCUUCGUCUCGUCGCUCUGAAUCCGGAACUAGGACUCGAGUUGUGAAUGUGCCAAGACCGCGGAGCGGAUUCUGACGAGGAGGAAAUCAAUCAAUGAUCAUGACGAUCGUUUAAAUGCAUGUCUGAGAACGGAUCUGUCCACUGUAAAAGAAAAAAAGAAAGAUAUUAAACAUCAGCUUUUUAUUUGUUUUCUGUGUUUGUUGUUUUUAAUAAAGACGUGAGUUCGUCCUCGUUUUGCACUGAACAUGAAAUUGAUCGAUCGACUAAUCAAUCGUUUUGUUUUCUCAAUAAAGUCGAACAAAUUGCC